AUGACUGAGUCAAAUUUAAAUAUGAAAGGUAAGAAUAUUUGGUCCAGAAUUACUUUAGAUCAAUUUGUGGCUGCCGUUGCUUCUCUGGGAGAUCGUACAAAUAAUCUAGCAGAUGAAUCAUGGCGUUUAAAUGACGAAACCGAGUUAUCGGAUUCUCUUUGGGGACAAGUUAUUGAUAGUUUGAAGCUGGAUCACAGUGAAUCAACACGUCAGGCAUUUUAUAAAAUUUGGCGAUUUAAUCGUAACGGAGUUUCAACAUUGGUAGAACAACAGAAGAAAAAUAUCAAUCUAAGUCAAAAUAUUGAUUAUAACGAUUAUAUUUCUGAUCUAAAUCAAAUCAAUUCGAUUAUAGCUCCAAAUUUAUCACUUCCAUUACCUCAACCACCGAAAACACGUGCUCAGGAAAAAACUGAAAAUGUUGAUAUAAAUAAUGAUCAAAAUUAUUUUGUUGGGCAAAUUUCAAUUGUUUUCUCCGUAACUGAAUGGAAAAAUGUAUUUAGUCGUACUAAUCAAAAGAUGAAAGAUGAUUGGACUAAAACAUUCCGUGAGAAAUUAACAUUCGAUGGAACAGGAAUAACUUGCUCUUUAAAAUUUAUAUCAGAUCCAUAUUUUAAAGAAGGAAAAAGAAAGAGAAACUGUCGUGAUUUUUCUUGUACUUCUAAAUGUACUAUUAAAGGAUGCACGAGAAAAUAUAUAAUAGUAUGUCCAAAGUUUCCAGACGAGAAUUCAUCUAUCCUUUUCCUUGUUCAAAUAUAUGGAAAAGAAGAUCAUACUAAUGGUCCUGGUAGUGCACAACUUAAAGGCAAAGAACGCUUAGAAAUUGGAGAAAGAGCAAAUAACAUCGGUCCAUUAGCUGUGUACCGUGAACAAGUAGAAAGUGCCGAUGAGCGAUUACUCGCAGCAGGCAACUUCACAGGCUGUUUUACAUAUGAAACAAUAAAGAAAUCGGCAUCAGACUAUCGAAAAAUUAUGCAUAUUGUUGAAAGUAUUUAUGAAGAGUGUCGUAUUACUCAAUACAGUUUUGAAACAACAGAUACAACGUCAAAAGAUUGUAAAGGAUAUGUCCAUUAUAUGACUGAAAAACCAUUCACUCUUCAUUUGUAUUGUGAACAGCAGAUUCGACGAUAUAUAAAGUAUUGUACUAAAGAACAUUAUUCAUAUAUUCAUAUAGAUGCAACUGGUGGUGUGAUAAAAAAAUUAGUUCGGCAAAAACAAGUGUUACUUUAUGCAUUGAUGUUUAAAGAUGGCGAUGAUUUCAACGAUACUAUUCCAGUGGCGCAUGCAAUGUUAGCUGACAGCAGAGUUCCAAGCAUCAGUAGUUUUCUUAGGAAUUUGCGUUAUAGCAUUAAUCAAAUUAGAGGUACAGAUGUUCUGCCAUCUUUUUAUAUUAUUGAUUUUUCUGCUGCUUUAAUGAAUGCUAUCUUUGAAGUAUUUAAUGUCGAAACUGUUAAUACUCAUUUAAAUCGAUGUUGGAACGUUAUAAAUGGUCGAUACACGGCUGAAGAAUUACAAUCAGCAUCAUUUGUUCAUUUUUGCUGUUGUCAUGCCAUCCAUGCCUUUGCGAGAAAUUUAACAAGUGCACACAUUAAUAAGAAAAUUCGACGAGGCGUUUUACUCAUCUUCGUUUUUCUCUUAUGCAGCAAUGAUAUAAAACAAUUAUAUGAUAUAUUCGGCUCAUUAGUGGAUAUAUUCGGUGAUCCAAAUGAACAGAACGCAAAACAAAAAUUUGAUCAAUUAGUUUCAUUUCAAUUUGACAUUGAUGAAGAAAGCAUGGCUGAACUAACUGACACAGAAAAAAUAUUUGAAGCUGCAAAGGAAAGAAAAGAUGAAUUAAUUGUUGUCGAUGAAUAUUUACGUAGUAGCGGUCCUAUUAUCCAUUAUUCGCCUUUCAAUCGAGAAGCUAUUAGAUUAUAUCCAACUCUUACUGUAUUAAUUAACAAAAAAUUAUCAAAAUUUAAAUCUACUAAUCCACUUUAUUCUCCAUCUUUGAUACGUAUCUUCUAUCGAUGGUGGGCAUAUUUACCAUUUUGGACUGGUUUAUUAUUUAACUUUAAAGAACGUUAUGCAAACGACGUUAAAAAAACUACGUCUAGCAGAUUUAAUCCGGUGCGACAUUCCAAUGCUCUAAUAGAAAGUUAUUUUCGAACACUGAAAAAGAGCAUUUUUCAAAAUCAAGUGUAUAGCCGUCCUUAUCUAGCUAUUAAUGAUUUACGUCGAUGUAUUAAUAUUCAAUUCAAAGCUAAUGAAUAUAAUGUCACAGUAAGCUCAAAAGGAAGAAAACGAAAGAAAAGAGAAGUUAGUAUAGCAGAACAAUGGGAUAGGAAAGGAAAAGGUGGCAAACGUCGCACUGCUUAUUUGGAGCAUGUUGAUAAAUACGCAGCGAAACGCGUCCCAAUAAAAACAAAAGAUGAUGAACCAGUUAAAGUUAUCAAGAAGAUAAGUGAAUCAGAAGAUACAUCAACAGGUUCGUCGUAUAAUCAAUCGUCAUCUUCUUCCACUAAAAAGGAUGAUAACAAUGUUGCGUCAAGUUCUUCUUCAUCGAGAAGUAACAAAUCUAUACCAGCAUCAUCAUCAUCGUCACUUAAAGCAAAUUCAUCUGUAAGUAAUGAUAUUCCUGUUGAUAUUCCAAUUGAUUUAGACAUGCCAAUGGGGAAGAAAAACCGACAAAAUAAUAUUUCAUUUGAAUAUGAAUGUGAAAAUCACAGCAACUCUUCCAUCACAAGUACAACAUAUCCUGUUGCGAUUCCAUCGAGUAUAACAACUGAUCAUGGCUUGUCAAAAACAUCAUCUAUUCAAGACACAUUUCAACCCGAAGCUGAUAUAUUCGGUAUGAAAUUAAGAUGGCCUAAGUUUGAAAUAAAGAAUGUUCCAUUCGAAGGCCGCCCAUACACACUUACACUCACAUGUCCGAUAGAUACAGCACUGUUUGCCUUAUAUUUUAUGUAUCAAGUAGACAUCAAUAUGCGUGACGAAACAGACAAUACACUUCCAAGCUCACCAUAUUCAACUCUGCUUAGCACGUUUCGUAUUGUGGAAAAAGAAGGAUGGGACGCAGCUCGUAUUAGUUGGUUAUUGAAGUUUAAUCUCUUGAAAACAUCUGAUAGAACAAAAUCCCUAUUUGGUUCAGUUGACGAACUAGUUUUUUGUUUUCUCAAAAAUUCACAACGUCAUUCCACUACAAUUACAUGUACUAAUCCUGAUUGCACAAAAAGAAAACGCGUUAUUUCAUCAACAGAGAUCGGACUAUUUCCUUGUGAUGAUCAUAUCGAAAAUUUUGAAGUUGAAACUAUGGGCGUGUGCGGGGCAAUGAUCAAACGAUAUGAUGAAAUGAGUGAAACAGAAGCAACUGAACGAAAAUAUAGAGAUGGUCGAGUGCCAUUUGUUGAUAGCGAAACAGACGAGAAAGAAUAUAUACGUGCAUGGAUAUGUAAUCAUACAACGAUAUCUUCUGUAUCUCAAUUUGAAAAUGAAUAUCCACUAGUUCUUAUUGUUAAUCUUAAACCUUUUUCGAAACGUAGUGAUGAAGGUUAUGAACCAAAUCCAGUACGAUUACGUGAUAUGAGAAAAAGUAUAAAAAUCAAUUCAAUCAGAUAUCAACUUCGUGCAACAAUACAUUGUAACAACUUUGUUAGUUUGGAUAUGUAGUUGGAGAACUUACAACUUUGAUUUUAUUGGGGCUUAUAAGUUGCUACGAGUUCAUCGAUGUUUAUUUGAAUAAAGGAAGAGAGGAUCACACAUAAAAACAGAGAUAUAACACCAUAUAAUAAUAUGAGAAGGAAAUAGGUUCAGUCCGGGAUACAAUUAACUUGUAAAAUGUGUUCAGGAUUCAGGUAAAGAGGGUGAUAUUGGAAGAAAUAUCUCUGGAUAUGUAUGUUAAAUUGUUGACUUGCUCCAACUUCACUUACGAGGGAACAUACCCAGGUGUCCAAGAGUUUUAGACCCCAUCUUUUGGCGAUAGAUAGACCCCAAUGAGGUAUGAAAAACCCCAAAAGGAUUCGUGCCCUCGCGCCUUUAUUCCCG